GGCUCGGUCCAGGAAGGUUGCAUCAUUGCAUGAGGUUGAUAGGUGCUGCUGAGCGUGGCAUGCAGAUGAUGGUUCAAAGGGCUCUUAGUAGAAGAGUCUUUGGGAAGUUGAUUGCUGAGCAAGGUUCUUUCCUUUCAGAUUUGGCGAAGUGUCGUAUAGAGCUUGAGAAGGCUAGAUUGUUGGUUCUCGAAGCAGCUGACCAGCUUGAUAGACUAGGAAAUAAAAGAGCCCGGGGGACAAUAGCAAUGGCCAAGGUGGCAGCUCCAAACAUGGCGCUGAAGGUGCUUGACAGGGCAAUGCAAGUGCAUGGUGCUGCAGGCUUAUCCUCAGACACUGCUCUUGCACAUCUUUGGGCGACCGCAAGAACAUUGCGAAUCGCAGAUGGUCCGGAUGAAGUUCAUUUGGGUACUAUUGCCAAGUUAGAACUUAGGAGGGCUAAGCUUUGAGAUCUUGGGAUUGAAGAUAAAAGAGAAAAUAAUCUCAUAUCUCUGUAACAAUAAAACAGAGGACAGAUUUCAAAAAAAUAAAUAAAGCAGAGGAGUGAGAGGGAGAGAGGAUAAGCUAGAGAAAAUGUUGUUGGCAUGAUGCUGGUAAAUGUAACCAGAGAAAUAAUGAGCAUGUUCAGAAUAAAAUGUUUAUCAUCAGAUUUAUUUACUUUCAAUUUAUAUGUUACCCUUUGAAAUAAUAAUUCUCGUUUUCUUGUUGCUUGUAUUAAGAGU